CAAUCUCUCUUCUCGCACUCACGCAUGUAGGCUGGCUGGCAUGUAACCUACAUACAGACGGAUACUGUACAGACCAAUACUGGGACGUAACCCGUUAUAAGACACGCAUAUUAUGACAGAAUUGUCCCAAUCAAACACCCAUCCAUCCAUCUCAGUCUCAGUCCCGACGCCCGCGGGAGCCGCCCCCGCGACCUGACCUGCACUGCACUGCACCUUGCUCUGCCUGACCUACGUGUUUGCCAGUUGAGGCGGACCAACGAGCGAACCAGACCAUGAGCCGACCUCUCCUUCCUUCCUUCCUUCCCUCCAUCCAUCUUUCCAUCCCCUUUCUAUCUCUCGCAGAAUCACACCACGUGACUGACAGCUCAGCUCGAGUGAUCCCGGCCUCUUUCAACAAGCUGCCUACCAUGAUUCGCCUCCCGGACGAGAUCUGGCAUUCCAUCUUCUCUCGGUACCUAUGCGACAUACCCAACGUACAAUGGAUUCUGCUUCGGGACAGGCUCAAUCGCGAUCCUCUCAAAGUCCUGUUGAUUCUGUCUCUCGUAUCUCGCCAGUUUCACCGUGUAGCUCAGGGUCUGCUCUUCCAAGUUAUCGUGGCCGGCGUUAGAGACGAUGAGCACGAGCGCCAGGUCAAGCUCGCCCGUACCCUAGCUGCUCACCCCGACGUCGGUCUCAACACUAGGGCCAUCGCCAUCGACGAUAUCGAAUGGCCAAGCGAUGCCGGUCUCUCCAACAUGCUCGAGCAGCGCAUUGACUCUCUCAGCAUGCCUCAAUCCUUCCAGAGACUCUGGGAUAAGAAGAUGGACAGUACCUGCGGCAACAUGACCCCUCGCGACAGAAACAACCUGACAAGUUUCAUUCUGGCCCUGACACCCUACGUGAAACUGGUCGACAUCACGUACAGUUGCCCGUCCCAAGCCUUGUUCUGGCUGCUAGGUGGAAGUUUGGGCAAGCGGAAAGAGCUUGCUUACACCGAAAGUAGCGAGUUCUUUGGCAACGAGGAUGUGCAGACGCCCUUCGGCACCAUGGCAGAAACCUAUGCCAACCAUCUCCCAAACCUGCAAGAGUUACGCCUGAGAGGUGUCGGUUACAACUCGGCCAUUGAACCAAGCCCACCCAUCACCGACUUCAGGCGCGUCCUGCUUCACCCCAACCUCAAGACACUACGAGCCCAAGGCUUCCACUGGCUGGGCUUUGAGAAGGAGACGAGACUCUGGGCCAGUUUUCCCAUUCGUCUCCAGCGUCUGGACCUCUCCGAAGCCAUCAUUGAUGCUCCAACAGUCAGACACAUCUUGGCCAUCUGCAAGGAUCUCCGUAGCCUCUACAUCACACUCGGGAAUGUCCGCAAGUCGGGAUUUGAUAUCAACUGGGAAUUCAACCUGACCAGCGUUGGCCACUCGCUGAGGCAACUAGGCCGGAACCUAGUCGAGUUUGGUUUACACACCGACGGCUAUGAAGAGCACCGUCAUUGUUAUGGGAGAAUUGGCUCUCUGGAAAGCAUGACAAAACUGAAGCAUCUCUGUGUCACGAAGGAACACCUCGUGGGCGUCCACGGGUGGGAGGGAACGCUGCAACUCAACGAGGCCCUACCCUUUACACUGGAGACGCUGUGCCUCUACUCCGAAUAUUACGUUUCCCCGGAUGCCGACUAUCCCGACCUCUACCAGGAGGUCAACGACGAAGUUUGCGGUGUGCUGGUAGGCGGCGACUACCCCGACUUACGAGAGGUUACCAUAUUACGAUUCAGCACGGAGGAAAAGGUCAGAGGUGGUGAGUUUGGCGGCGCUGUCGAGGGCUGGGACCUCGUUGAAACGAUACAGAUUGAACCGGGGUAUAAUCCCAAGAAACUGAUGCACCUCAAUACAUAUCUUACUCGGAAAAGGACAUUUGGGCCGGAUGUUGCGAUCUCGGCUUGAUCUUGGGCGCACGAUUGACGAUCUACUUGGGUAGUGUUAUGAAGCGGAUUGGUAUUGGAUUGGGUAAAUUGACAUGAGAUAUGACUUUGGGAACCUUGAUUAAUACAUUACACUCGUUUGGCAGAUCAGGAUUGGGUCUUGUGGUGAAUGAAUAUCAAUCUCAGUGAGAGAGG